AUGCCUGUAAAUAAUAAAUCACCCAUAGUACGAUUAAAGGAAACACUUGAUGCUUUGAGAGAAGAGAAUGAAAGGACAAACAUCAUCAUUGAGCAACAAACAAUAGAAAUUAAUAAAUUAAGAGCCAUGAUAUCAAAUAAGACUGAGGAUAUGGUUCAAUCUUUAAGUUUAGAAGAACCCGUUCACCAUAGCAACGUGAUUCACCAACUAACGAUUAAACUGAACCAACAGGAAGAAAGUUACCAACGACGACUACGGUCAAUACAGCGUCGAAUAAAAGAAAAGCAAGAAAAGCUAGUUGAAUUAACAUCCAAAGCUGAUCAAUUGAAACUGAUAUAUCAAAGGGACCUGAACGAAUUGUCUUCAAGGCAUGAAAGAGAGUUAAAUAAGAUCAGGGCGCAGCACGAGAAUGAAUUAAAGGAACUAAAGACGAAAUACCAGCCUGCACACACUUGUCAUCAUGGCCAGCUCAUAGAUCAAAUAAUGGAGAAAGUUUUAAUAGAGUUUGAGCAACAGGAGCAUUCAAUUAUACCACAAAACAUAGAAACGCAAUAUCAUUCAACUACACAUGCAUCUUCUUAUAAGAAGUACAUGCCUACUACUCAGUCAUCUUAUAGUAAACAAUACAUGCCUAUUGACGCACUAUCAUGGCCAUCACCGAAUGCAAGAAGGCUAAAGAUUGGUAUCUAA